AUGGCCCUUGGCUUUGCUGUGUCGUUUCCUGGUUCAACAAAUGCCGUCCGCUCGUUUCCUUGUUCACCGCUUUCCAUGACUGUGCAACGCACACCACCGCUCUACUCCGUGCAGGCUCAGGAGGGAGGGCGGCUACUGCUGCUGCCGUUCACCACGCUCUUCCAGUACCUGCAGGUGAGCCGCUCUUCCAGUACCUGCAGCACUUGGCCUUUCACCUCCCGACUUAUCGCCUCCCUUUCUGUCCUCUUCCUUCUCGCCUCCCUUUCUGUCCUCUUCCUUCUCGCCUCCCUUUCUGUCCUCUUCCUUCUCGCCUCCCUUUCUGUCCUCUUCCUUCUCGCCUCCCUUUCUGUCCUCUUCCUUCUCGCCUCCCUUUCUGUCCUCUUCCUUCUCGCCUCCCUUUCUGUCCUCUUCCUUCUCGCCUCCCUUUCUGUCCUCUUCCUUCUCGCCUCCCUUUCUGUCCUCUUCCUUCUCGCCUCCCUUUCUGUCCUCUUCCUUCUCGCCUCCCUUUCUGUCCUCUUCCUUCUCGCCUCCCUUUCUGUCCUCUUCCUUCUCGCCUCCCUUUCUUUCCUCUUCCUUCUCGUUCCUCCCCUCCCCAGUUGCUUCGCCUCGCAGGCCCUCCGGACUCCAUGUGCUCGCUACGGCAUGCCAUAUGUCUUGCGCACUGCCGCCACCCUGCCCAAUCCCCGCUAUGCUACCCGUCCCUGGCAGGUGGAGCACAAGAUUCAGUCGGGUGCGGGGCCGCUGGACAUCCACCUGGCGCGCGUGCCCAAGAUGAUUCCCCUCACAUGCUGCUCGCACCCAACCUGCACCCAACUCUGCCCACUCCUUGCCACCAUGCCCCCAUCCCCCACUUCCUCACGCCAGGUGGAGCACAAGAUCCAGUCGGGCGCGGGCCCACUGGACAUCCACCUGGCGCGAGUGCCCAAGAUGAUUCCCCUCCUGCGCUCCCUCUGGUGCCCCUCCGCCCUCCUCGUCUCCUUCAAGGUCCGCCUCCCACCCUCCCACCCUCCCACCCUCACACCCUCACAACCUCACACCCGCACACCCUCACCAUUUUACACCCUCACACCCUCACAACCUCACACCCUCACAACCUUCAAGCUGGAGACGGACAGCAGCAUUCUGCUCAGCAAGGCGCGCUCAGCGCUGCAGAAGAACCACGUGCAUGCGGUGGUGGCCAAUGAGCUGCUGACACGUGGCAGCAAGGUGGUGCUGGUGACGGAAGAGGGGGAGGAGGUGAUAGAGCGGGGCGAGGGGGGGGUUGAGGGGAAGGGGGCAGUUGGAGAUGUGGAGGAGCCACUGGUGAAGCUGCUAGCAGCCAUGCACCACAAGCACUGCCAGCGGGAUUGA